AGUUUGCUAGCUGAGCCAGCCCACAGUUGUACACCAUAAACCCCUUUGGGCUUCAUAGCUGAUCCAGAUCUGCAUUUGCUCCUUAGCACACAGCACACUGCAGUGACCCACCCAGCCACUGUUGCCAGAUGAUGAAAAAUCAGACAUGGGUCACAGAAUUCAUUCUGCUGGGAUUCCCGUUCAGCCCAAGGAUGCAGAUGCUCCUCUUUGGUUUCUUCUCCCUGUUCUACACCAUCACCCUGCUGGGCAACGGGGUCAUCCUGGGGCUCAUCUGGCUGGACUCCCGACUGCACACCCCCAUGUACUUCUUCCUCUCCUAUCAGGCCAUUGUUGAUAUUUCGUAUGCUUCCAACAAUGUCCCAAAGAUGCUGGAAAACUUUCUGAACAAGGAAAAAACUAUCUCCUUUGUCCCAUGUAUAAUACAGACCUUUUUAUACAUGGCUUUUGCUCACACGGAAUGUCUCAUCUUGGUAAUGAUGUCCUAUGAUCGGUACGUGGCCAUCUGCCACCCCCUCCAUUACUCUGUCAUCAUAAGCUGGAGAGUCUGCACGGUCCUGGCUGUCACGUCCUGGGCAUGUGGCUCCCUCCUGGCUCUGGUCCAUGUGGUUCUCAUCCUGAGGCUGCCCUUCUGUGGGCCUCGUGAAGUCAACCACUUCUUCUGUGAGAUCCUGUCUGUCCUCAAGCUGGCCUGUGCUGACACUGGGCUCAACCAGCUUGUCAUCUUUGUUGCUUCUGUGUUUGUCUUAGUGGGGCCCCUGUGCUCGGUGGUGGUGUCCUCCACGUGCAUCCCCUUUGCCAUCCUGAGGAUCCAGUCUGGGGAGGGCCGCGGGAAGGCCUUCUCCACCUGCUCCUCCCACCUGUGUGUGGUCGGGCUCUUCUUCAGCAGCGCCAUCGUCAUGUACAUGGCUCCCAAAUCCAGCCAGCCUGAGGAGCAGCAGAAGGUCCUUUCUCUGUUUUACAGCCUUUUCAACCCCAUGCUGAACCCACUGAUCUACAGCCUGAGGAAUGCAGAGGUCAAGGGUGCCCUGCAGAGAGGGAAGUGGACACAGAGAGCCGUGUGA